GCAGUCCUCUGUAUUGAGCCAGAGCAUCAUUUACAUAAAGGGGAAGCUACAAACGGGUGCGUUGUGGGAUGGAGGUGGUACGAGGACAACAUGAUAACAUGGAGGGAAAGAUCAGGAUUAUGAUCUGCUAGUGACUUUAAAUACGCCCAUUUUAAUGUGAAAGAGAAGCUCUGUCUCCCUCAGCCCCAGCAGCCACCUGUUCCUACAGCUCACGCGAUAAUCAUGGACUCCAGCAAAGUGGUGGAAAACAUCUACCUCCUGGUCAUCGUCACCCUCAUCAGCGUGCUUCAGAAUGUUUCUUUUGCACAGAAGGUAGAGAGGGAAUGCAAGAACCAAAAUAUCCGCACAUCGGCUUUUGAGAGAGUGUCUUGUGCCAAUCGCAACUGCAUGGAUGCUUACCCCACUUUCUUGGCAGUGAUGUGGUGUGCUGGUCUGUGUCUCAGUCAAGCUCCUGCUGCUUUUGCUGGGAUCAUCUAUCUUGUCAUCAGGCAGAAGUACUUUGUUGGAUACUUGGGACAAACCUCUCAAAGCACCCCGGGGUACUUGUUUGGAAAACGGGUCAUCACCUUCCUCUUUCUGAUGUGCAUUGUGGGCAUCGCCAACUACCUGCUGGUGCGAUUCUACGGCAGCGACUACAAGGAGCACGUGGAAACCAUCACUAAUGCUGCAUCUGCUCUUCUACUUAUCCCUUAGAUCAGUUUGUGUAAUUUAACCUUUCCUCAAUCCACAUUCACCAUUCAGCUCCUGAAUUUUUGUUGCAUUAAAACACUGUAUUCUUUGUUUUUAAAGCAUUUAUUGCAUUUGAUUGAAAAAAAAAUAAAGUAAUUCUCAUGAAGAAAUAAUUACCAAGUACAAAAGUUUACAAAC